AUGCUCCGGCCUCAGCUUGUCUUGGAUCAGCGUGCUUCAAAACGCAAUGGCAACAUGUGGCGUGGAAAUUUGCCACCGGUCGGAUCUGCAAUGGCGCCUCUCAAUGUUUUUGUUCAUUUUUGGACAAUAGGCUGGACGUACUGUAACUUCCGGUGGAAAUCUAUGCAGGCUUCAUUAGAAGGCGAUCUUCUGCGAGCAGCGCUCGCUGACUCCGACAUGUCAGAUCUAUCUCCGUAA